UUGUAUCACCCGCACGUUACUGAUCAACUUCUCUCACAAGAACUUGCUUCUCCACAAUACUCUCAAGACGCAGAACUUCACCUUCUUUGGCCCGCAAUCUCCGAAACCCUCCCUCCGAUCGCAAUUUCUCCGAAGUCUCUCGCUCGCUCGCUCUUUGCUGAUCGAAGUUGCAGCUUCCCAUCUCUCGUCACCAUGCCUACCUUAUCUUCAACGAUUCCUUUCCAGAUUCGAUUCUUGUUGCAGAGCGUGAACGAAGCCAAUGUCGACUCUACUUAUCGAGAGCUCUGUGAGUUUGCUGAUCAUGGAAUUGAGGGAAGUGUUGCCAUUCUCCAAACCUGCUUGGAUCACAUGCAUUUUGACCGGAUGGAGUUGAAAAGCACGCAGCUGGAAUCAGUUCUGACGUCAAUUUUUACUUACAUUAUGGAGAAACCAAAUUUCAGUACAAUCUUUUGUCAGUCACUUGAGAGUAUGGAUAUCAGUGAAGGAUUUCUUCAGAAUUUGUCGAAUUCCUUUCACUUAUCUGCAUCUGAAAAAGUUGGUAUUGGUCUUGCUUUGUCUAAUUCCGAAAACCUUGAUACCAGUUUGUGUGGAAAAUCUUUUUGCAUGGCUCAGAUAGAGGAACUGUCUGCCAGACGUGGUUUAUUAAAGUCUUCUGAGCAAUUUCAAAACAUCCUGAUGUUCCUCCAGCGCUCUGAGGGCCUUUCAAAGCAUGUAGAUUACUUUGUGCAGAUGUUAUCUUUGCUGCAGUCAGAAGAUCCCAAUUCAUUUGUUCUUACUCCACUGCUUUCAGAUGAGACGUGCGAGGCCAAUUUUUCAAGGAACCUGGAAUUGUUUCACUUAAGUAAAGAAGAUGAUUUUGAUGCUAUUUUAAGUGAGAUGGAGAAGGAAAUGAGCAUGGGAGAUAUACUGAAAGAACUAGGCUAUGGAUGUACAGUUGAUGCCUUGCACUGCAGAGAGAUAUUGUCACUCUUUUUGCCUUUGACUGAGAUUACCAUUUCUAAGAUACUUGGCACUGUAGCUCAAACCUAUGCUGGUCUGGAUGACGACCAGAAUACCUUUUCGACCUUUGGCAUGGCCCUUGGCUAUAAUGUCUCGUCUGAUCAGCCAUCUUUGAGCUCCUGGAAUAUUGAUGUCCUUGUGACAACCAUUAACCAACUUGCUCCUGAUACCAAUUGGAUCCAAGUUAUCGAGAAGCUUGAUCACGAGGGCUUUUACAUGCCUAACGAGGAGGCGUUUGCGUUUUUUAUGUCUGUGUACAAACAUGCAUGCCAGGAUCCAUUCCCUCUUCAUGCCAUUUGUGGGUCCCUAUGGAAGAAUACGGAUGGUCAACUAUCGUUUCUUAAAUAUGCUGUAAAAGCACCUCCUGAGAUAUUUACAUUUGUUCAUUCUUCAAGACAGCUGGUCUAUAUGGAUGCAUUGCAUAGCCAUGAGCUUCAACCCGGUCAGACAAAUCAUUCUUGGCUGUGCAUCGACCUUUUGGAUGUGCUUUGUGAACUGGCUGAGAGGGGUCAUGCUAGUUCCGUCCGAUCAAUACUUGAAAAUCCAGUGGAACACUGUCCUGAGGUCUUACUGCUUGGAAUGGCACACACCAGUACUGCCUAUAAUCUCCUGCAAAAUGAAGUUUUUUUAACUAUCUUCCCGGUGAUGGUUAAAAGUACAAUGGCAAAUGGUCUGGUGUUACAUCUAUGGCAUAUUAAUCCUGAUCUUGUGUUGCGAGGAUUUGUGGAUGCUUACAGCAUUGAGCCAGACAGUUUGACUAGAAUAUUGGACAUCUGUCAAGAGCUAAAGAUCCUAUCUUCAGUUCUAGAGAUGAUUCCUUCCCCUUGCAGCAUUAGACUGGCAGCCCUUGCUUCACGGAAGGAGCUUGUAGACCUUGAAAAGUGGCUGAGUUAUAAUCUAAUCACAUACAAGGAUUUUUUCUUUGAGGAGUGUCUGAAGUUCUUAAGAGAGAUUCAGUUGGGUGGGGAGCAGGAUUUGCCUGUCAAAUCUUCUCACCAUUCUGUUACUGUUAUAAAUCUAUACAUGGAGACGAGUUCUACCUUCUCAAAGGUCCUCAAGGCUCAUACUGGUCUUUUGACCUCAUCCCAACUUUCAGAGGAAAUGGAACGGUUGCACAUAACAACCAGGGAUUCUAAUCCAAAGCUGCAGAAUGGUGGUGCGGCAGAUUCGUCUGUCUCUGAUGGAUAUGCGGAUGAUAUUGAGGCUGAAGCAAACUCUUACUUCCAUCAAAUGUUUUCUGGUCAGUUACGCAUUGAUGCAAUGGUUCAAAUGCUUGCUAGGUUUAAGGAAUCUUCUAUCAAGAGGGAACAAUCAAUUUUUGAGUGCAUGAUUGCGAAUCUGUUUGAGGAAUAUCAAUUCUUCCCAAAGUAUCCCGAAAGGCAGCUUAAAAUUGCUGCUCUUCUUUUUGGCUCUGUUGUCAAGCACCAGCUUGUAACACAUCUCACACUUGGGAUUGCUCUACGUGGUGUUUUAGAUGCUCUUCGUAAACCUGCAGAUUCAAAAAUGUUUGUAUUUGGGACAAAGGCCUUAGAGCAAUUUGUGGAUCGUUUGAUCGAGUGGCCCCAGUAUUGCAACCAUAUCUUACAAAUAUCUCAUCUGCGUGGUACUCAUUCUGAACUCGUUGCUUUCAUCGAACAAGCUCUGGCUAGGAUUUCAUCUGGCCAUUUUGAGAUGGAUGGAGGAAGCAAUGCUUCUGGUGCUCAUCAUCAUGAAUCCUCACAAGCUACUUCUGGAAACGGGGAGGUAAUCUCACAGUCUGGGCAACACGUUUCUUCUUCAUUGCAGCUUCAACAGAGACUAGAAGGUCCUGUUGAUGGCCAUCAUAAGGCCUCUGCUGCUUCAUCCAAUGACAUGAAAAUGCUUUUGUCUUCUGCAGUCCAACCUUCACUUCCUCCACUAGGUGAUGCUUCUGGUAUUCAGAAGACACAGAGUGCAACUGGUGCUGCUCCUGCUAUGUUGUUUUCUUCUCCUGGUUUUGUUCGUCCUUCUCGAGGAGCUGCUUCUACCAGGUUUGGCUCUGCUCUAAACAUUGAAACACUUGUUGCCGCCGCGGAGAGAAAAGAAACACCUAUUGAGGCUCCAGCAUCUGAGAUUCAGGACAAGAUUUCAUUUAUAAUUAAUAACAUCUCAGCUGCAAAUGUUGAAGCUAAAGGAAAAGAAUUUACUGAAAUAUUGAAAGAACAAUACUAUCCUUGGUUCGCGCAAUACAUGGUGAUGAAAAGAGCAAGCAUUGAGCCGAAUUUUCAUGACUUGUACUUGAAGUUCCUCGAUAAAGUUAACUCAAAGGCUUUAAAUAAAGAGAUUGCUCAAGCCACUUAUGAAAACUGCAAGGUUCUUCUAGGUUCGGAACUAAUAAAAUCAAGCUCAGAAGAGCGUUCAUUACUUAAAAAUUUGGGAAGCUGGCUUGGAAAAUUAACCAUCGGCAGAAAUCAAGUUUUAAGGGCUCGCGAAAUAGAUCCAAAAUCAUUGAUAAUCGAGGCGUAUGAGAAGGGAUUGAUGAUUGCGGUGAUUCCAUUUACGUCAAAGAUUCUUGAGCCGUGCCAAAGUAGUAUUGCUUAUCAGCCUCCAAACCCUUGGACCAUGGGCAUUCUUGGAUUGCUAGCGGAGAUCUAUUCGAUACCAAACCUGAAAAUGAAUCUCAAGUUUGACAUAGAGGUGCUAUUCAAGAAUCUUGGUGUUGACUUGAAGGAAAUAACACCCACUUCACUUCUCAAGGACCGGAGAAGAGAAGUUGAAGGGAAUCCUGAUUUUUCUAGUAAAGAUGUUGGAACAUCACAACCCCAGAUUGUUGGUGAGGUCAAGUCAGGAAUAAUAUCUCAGUUAAAUCAUGUUGAGCUACCUCUUGAAGUUGCUAACCCACCCAAUUCUAGUGCGCUUACACAUAUGUUAUCUCAGUAUGCUGCUCCCCUUCAUCUUUCUUCUGGUAAAUUGAUGGAGGAUGAAAAGCUGGCAGCACUAGGGUUGCCUGAUCAACUUCCUUCUGCUCAGGGGCUCUUCCAAGCUACUCCGGCCCAGUCGCCUUUUUCUGUUACUCAGCUUCCCACACCAAUACCUAACAUUGGAACUCAUGUUAUCAUCAACCAGAAGCUCAACGCAUUGGGCUUGCACUUGCAUUUUCAGAGAGUGGUUCCAAUUGCAAUGGAUAGAGCUAUCAAGGAGAUUGUGUCAAGUAUCGUGCAACGCAGUGUUUCUAUAGCAACUCAAACAACAAAAGAGCUUGUUUUGAAGGAUUAUGCUAUGGAAUCUGAGGAGACGCGCAUAUAUAAUGCUGCACACUUGAUGGUUGCAAGUUUGUCUGGAAGUUUAGCCCAUGUGACGUGCAAGGAACCCUUGCGUGGUUCAAUAUCAAGUCAUUUAAGAAAUUCCCUUCAGAAUUUGGGUAUAGCAAAUGAACUUCUGGAACAAGCUGUGCAACUUGUUACGAAUGAUAAUCUGGAUCUUGGUUGCGCAGUAAUUGAGCAGGCUGCUACAGAUAAGGCGAUACAAACUAUUGAUGGGGAGAUAGCUCAGCAGCUUUCUAUUAGAAGGAAGCACAGAGAAAGUAUUGGCCAAUUUUUUUUUGACGCGAAUGUGUACGCACAAGGUCCUAUGGGUGUUUUACCGGAGGCCCUUCGCCCUAAACUGGGGCACUUAUCUCUCUCUCAACAGCGAGUUUAUGAGGAUUUUGUACGACUUCCUUGGCAAAAUCAAUCUAGCCAGAGCACCCAUGCUAUGCCUGCAAGCCCUUCUAUACCAUCCGGUGCUACUGGUCUGACUAGUUCAUAUAGUUCAUCUUCAAGCCAACUUAACUCAGGCUUCUCAUCUGGUCCUAGGAAUUCUGGAAUUGAAGAGGUUCCUCAGCUGCUGGAUGCUGCUUCUGAGGCAAUGGAACCUAGUUCAGCUACACUUCUUAGUGCCUCCAUUCAUAUUGGGACGGCUGAUGGUGUCAUCCAGCAAAGUUCAGAUAAUUUCGUCAGUGCCUCAUUCCCUUCUGCUGCUUCUGCCCCUGAAUUGCAUUCAAUAGAACCCUCCGAUGAUGUGAAAGAGCUGGGAGUUUCCUCCCAGCUGUUACCUUCACAUACUGACUCUGAGCGCCUUGGAAGUGGCAUCUCUGAAUCUUCACUACCCACAAGGGAUGCACUGGAUAAGUAUCAGAUUGUUGCACAGAAGUUGGAGCGUUCAAUUAGCAAUGGCGGCAUGGAAGUAGAAAUCCAGGGAGUGGUUGCUGAGGUUCCUGAGAUCAUACUUAGAUGUAUUAAUCGAGAUGAAGCUGCCUUGGCUAUUGCUCAAAAGGUUUUCAAGGGGUUAUAUGAGAAUGCAUCGAAUACAGCUCAUGUUAAUGCCUUCCUUGCAAUUCUGAUUGCACUUCGGGAUGUCUGCAGGCAUUUGGUUAAGGAGCUUACCAGUUGGGUGAUUUACUCAGAUGAGGAGCGAAAGUUCAACAAGGAUAUUACCCUUGGACUUAUUCGCAGUGAACUGCUAAACCUUGCUGAAUACAAUGUUCACAUGGCGAAACUAAUUGAUGGGGGGAGGAAUAAGGGUGCAACGGAGUUCUCUGUUUCCCUACUGCAGACAUUGGUCGUUGUAGAACCCAGAGUCAUAUCGGAACUUCACAAUCUUGUUGAUGCAUUGGCCAAGGUUGCUGAAAAACCUGGUUCUUCCGAGUUACUAAAGCAGCUGAUUGAGAUUGCCAGGAAUCCUGUUGCUAAUGUUGCUGCUCUAUCUGGUUCAACUACUGGAAAUGAGGAUAAGGCAAGACAAUCUAGAGAUAAAAAGCCUAGUGGUCAUUCUACCACCAUCAGGGAUGAACAUAGCAAUGUUGAGUCCUUGGAACCAGAUCCUAUUGGUUUGCACGAUAAGGUUUCCUCGCUAUUUGUAGAAUGGUACAAGAUAUGUGAACUACAUGGCACAAACGAUGCUGCUUGUACCCAUUACAUUUUAGGAUUGCAUCAAGAUGGACUGCUGAAAGGGGAUGAUAUGACGGAUCGCUUCUUUCGCAUCCUCAUGGAGCUCUCUGUGGCACAUUGUCUCUCUCCUGAGGUUAUUAACUCUGGAGCACUUCAUGCACCUCAACAAGGACAGACUCUAUCAUUCCUUGCCUUCGAUAUUUAUGCAAAACUUGUCUUUUCAAUCCUCAAGUAUUCUCCUGUGGACCAAGGUUCCAGUAAACUCUCUCUUUUAUCAAGGAUUUUGGCUGUUAUCACUAGAUUUAUACAGAGGGAUUCAGAAGAGAAGAAAGCAACUUUCCAUCCAAGACCAUACUUCAGAUUGUUUAUUAACUGGCUUCUAGAUCAUGUUUCACUGGAUCCUGUUACGGAUGGUUCAAACUUUCAGGUUUUGGCAGCUUUUGCCAAUGCAUUCCAUGCUUUGCAGCCUCUUAAAGUUCCUGCAUUCAGCUUUGCAUGGCUUGAAUUGGUGAGUCAUAGGAGUUUCAUGCCAAAAUUGCUCACUGGAAAUGGUCAGAAGGGUUGGCCCCAUGUCCAACGAUUGCUGGUAGAUCUAUUCCAAUUCCUUGAACCGUAUCUGAGGAAUGCUGAAUUGGGAGGGCCGGUUCGUUUGCUUUAUAAAGGUACACUUAGAAUGCUGCUGGUGCUACUUCAUGAUUUCCCAGAGUUCUUGUGUGACUAUCAUUUCACCUUUUGCGAUGUGAUUCCUCCAAGCUGCAUACAAAUGCGUAAUAUUAUCCUUAGUGCAUUUCCUCGCAAUAUGAGGCUGCCUGAUCCUUCUACUCCCAAUUUGAAGAUUGAUUUGCUUCCGGAAAUCGGGGAGCCGCCUCACAUUCUCUCUGAUAUUGACGCAGCUCUUAAAGCAAAGCAGAUUAAAGCAGAUGUAGAUGAUUAUCUCAAGACGAGGCAACCUGGUUCCUUUCGGACAGAGCUUAAGCAAAAGCUGCUUCUUCCUCCAAGCGAUACUGCUUUAGCUGGAACCCGUUACAAUGUACCUUUGAUCAACUCCCUUGUGCUGUAUAUUGGAAUGCAGGCCAUCCAGCAGUUGCAGUCUAAAUCAUCUCAUUCACAAUCAUCAAACUCUGUUCCUCUAGCUUUGCUCGUAGUGGAUACUGCAUUGGAGGUCUAUCAGAGCCUUACAUCAGAACUAGAUUCUGAAGGGCGCUACCUCUUACUAAAUGCUGUUGUCAACCAACUUCGUUAUCCCAACAAUCAUACGCAUUACUACUCCUUCAUCCUGCUGUACUUAUUUGCUGAAACAAAGCAGGAGGUUAUCCAGGAGCAAAUUACCAGAGUGUUGCUGGAACGCCUUAUAGUUAAUAGACCUCAUCCAUGGGGUCUUUUGAUUACCUUCAUCGAGCUCAUCAAGAAUCCAAGAUACAAUUUUUGGAACCAAUCCUUCAUUAGAUGUGCACCAGAGAUUGAAAAACUUUUUGAAUCAGUUGCAAGAUCAUGUGGGGGUCUAAAACCUAUGGAUGAGAGUAUGGUGUCGGGUUGGGCAUCUGAAAACUCACACUGAGAAAGACAGUGCCCCUGGGAUUUGAUUACUGUAACCUAUUUUAGCCAAGUCGUAUGUACAUCCUGUAUCAAUACUCGAUGGUUCAGGUGGUACGGUUUAUUUAUAUAGUGUUAUCAAAUAAUCUUUGGAAGACCUACCUUUAUUCCUUUGUGUUAUAUUUGAGUAACCAGUUCCUUCCUGAAUGUAACUUUACGUAAUCUA